GAUUCUCCUGCCUCAGCCUCCUGAGUAGCUGGGAUUACAGGCGCCCACCACCAUGCCCGGCUAAUUUUUGUAUUUUUAGUAGAGACGGGGUUUCACCAUGUUGGUCAGGCUGGUCUCAGACUCCUGACCUCGUGAUUUGCCCGCCUUGGCCUCGCAAAGUGCUGGGAUUACAGGCAUGAGCCACCGCACCCAGCUGGCAAAGCCUAUUCUAUUGGGAACGUUAGAGAUAAUAACCCACAGAACGGCUUUAAUAUUCCUUCCCUCAUGUCAUAAGAUUAUGAAAGUUUUUCUCUUGUCAUAUGAUUAUUAAAGAUCUGCUGUAAAGAAUAUAUUUUGAUGUUCAACAUAGACAGUCCUGAAAAUUAGGAGACUUCGACUCUCUUGUUUCUGAAGAUACAGUGUUAUGAAAAGGAGAAUGUUAAGUUCUUUCCACAGAAAGGACUGGAAUACAAAUACUUCCAUGAAGAGUGACCUGGCAGUGAGGGAGCCCAUCGGAUGGUGAAUCCAUUGUUUUUUUUGUUGUUGUUUUGUUUUCGAGACGGAAGUCUUGCUCUGUCGCCCAGGCUGGAGUGCAGUGGCACGAUCUCGGCUCACUGAAAGCUCUGCCUCCUGGGUUCAAGCCAUUCUCCUGCCUCAGCCUCCCGAGUAGCUAGGACUACAGGCGCCCGCCACCAUGCCCGGCCAAUUUUUUUUUUUUUUUUGUAUUUUCAGUAGAGACGGGGUUGCACCAUGUUAACCAGGAUGGUUUUGAUCUCCUGACCUCGUGAUCUGCCUACUUCUGCCUCCCAAAGUGCUGGGAUUACAGGCAUGAGCCACCGUGCCUGGCUGGGAGGAUGGUGGAUUUUCCAGGGUACAAUCUGUCUGGUGCAGUCGCCUCCUUCCUAUUCAUCCUGCUGACAAUGAAGCAGUCAGAAGACUUUAGAGUCAUUGGCCCUGCUCAUCCUAUCCUGGCCAGGGUUGGGGAAGAUGCCCUGUUAACCUGCCAGCUACUCCCCAAGAGGACCACAAUGCACAUGGAGGUGAGGUGGUACUGCUCAGAGCCCAGCACCCCUGUGUUUGUGCACAGGGCUGGAGUGGAGGUGACUGAGAUGCAGAUGGAGGAGUACAGAGGCCAAGUAGAGUGGAUAGAGAAUGGCAUUGCAAAGGGAAAUGUGGCACUGAAGAUACACAACAUCCAGCCCUCCGACAAUGGACAAUACUGGUGCCAUUUCCAGGAUGGGAACUACUGUGGAGAAACAAGCUUGCUGCUCAAAGUAGCAGAUCUGGGGUCUGCCCCUAACAUCCACAUGGAGGGACCUGGGGAGAGUGGAGUCCAGCUUGUGUGCACUACAAGGGGCUGGUUCCCAGAGCCCCAGGUGUAUUGGGAAGACAUCCAGGGGGAGAAGCUGCUGGCCGUGUCUGAGCAUCACAUCCAAGAUGAAGAUGGCCUGUUCUAUGUGGAAGCCACCCUGGUGGUCAGGAACGCCUCUGCAGAGUCAGUGUCCUGCUUGGUCCACAACCCCGUCCUCACUGAGGAGAAGGGGUCGGUCAUCAGCCUCCCAGAGAAACUCCAGACUGAGCUGGGUAAGUACGAGGUGGUGGCACACACCUGUGGAGGGAGCCUCUGCCCUCCCCAGCAGAGGGAGGGGAGCUACCACGAGACCAUGUGA